AUGUUGGCAGUUCUGCUGGCCCUGCUGGCGCUCUCUGCCACAGCGCAAGGGGCCAAAAACGCUACAGAGACAGCUGAUGAGAAGGAUCUAGUUAUAGCCAAAGGAAAACUGCUGGCGCCGAGCGUGGUCGGAUGAGCCAUAAAGAAGAUGCCGGAGCUCUACAAGUUCCUGAUGGAGCGCUGGGCAUUGUAUCAUAAUCUUGAAUAUGAUUCAUCAGAGGAAAAGAGCCCUCGGUUGGUUUUCUACAAUGACAAGGAUGAGGUGGUCAAGACUGUUCGAGUGAAAAAGCUGACAGCAGACGAGAUCAGUAGUUUGCUAGAUUCUCUGGGUUUCUACCGGAGGUCGGCUAAAGGAGAAGAGGUCCCUGAAGAGUUCCAGAAUUUCCCUCUAAAAGCGCCGCGAGAUGAGCUCUGA